CGGCUCAAUCAGAUUAGUGGGUAAAAUGGAUUGUGACGUCAGGGUUUAGGAAGCGUCGCGUUGCCGUUGACUUCACGCACAGCAGGCGCGCGCUUCACCCGGACGCGCGCAGACCGAGCUGUUCUCCUCCCGCAGACAGACGCCGGCGGCAUGAGCUGAGUCCACCGACACCGACACCGGCCUGAAGCACAAACAGCAGAAUGACCGCGUAUCUGGAGGUAAGAGACGCUCGCUCGCGCACUGAACGAGACGCGCGUCGGAUGGAGACUCUUCGCGUUUCGACAGGUUCAUGAGAUAGCUGAUGACAGCAAAGGGCACGAGCUGAGUCUGUUCUGUGUGCCGAAACACUACGAGGAGGAUCUGGACAGUGUCAUUAUACCCAGUGGCCUCAUUAAAGACCGGAAUCUCUUGACUGACAUUUUUGGCAUGGCAUCAGCCAGCUUUAAUGAAUGCAUUAAUGUGAAAACACUCUGCAGGACUGAGAGGUUGGCCAGAGAUAUCGUUCGGGACAUGGGCGGCCAUCAUAUCGUGGCCCUCUGCGUUCUGAAAGGAGGGUAUAAGUUCUUCGCGGACCUGAUGGAUUUCAUCAAGACGUUGAAUCAAAACAGCGAUAAGUCUGUGCCACUGACUGUGGACUUCAUUCGGCUGAAGAGCUACUCGAAUGACCAGUCUACAAACUGUGUGAAGGUUAUUGGAGGAGAUGAAUUAUCUGCCCUUACUGGCAAAAAUGUGCUCAUAGUUGAGGACAUUGUAGAGACAGGCAGAACUAUGGAAACACUGCUCAAACUAUUAAAUGAAUGUCAUCCUAAAAUGGUGAAGGUCGUCAGUUUACUUGUGAAACGGACCCCCAGGAGCUCAGGGUACCGUCCAGACUAUAUUGGAUUUGAAGUUCCUGAUAAGUUCCUAGUGGGAUAUGCUUUAGACUACAAUGAAUAUUUCAGGGAUUUGAGUCAUAUCUGUAUAUUAAGUGACAGAGCCAAAGAGAAAUAUAAAGUAUGAUAUGACACCCACGUCCUGGAUGCAUGAAGACAAAGAUCACUGUGAAUUAUUAUUAUUAUUAUUAUUAUUAUUAUAUAUUUUUUUGUUAUUGUAAAAUAAUUUUUCUACAUGCCGUCUGAAAUGAUUAAUGAGCUCCUGAAACAUGGAUUCCCAAAGAUCAGUGAUCACAGUUUAGUGUUGCAGUGAAUGAGAGCGAGUCUUGAAUCUAAUUUUAAUUGUCAUUACUGGGAGUUGCCUCUUUGUGGAUUGUUUGGACUGAGGCCUUAGCUAAAUUGAUUUUAUUUUGAUCUUAUGUUGGCUAAUACAAGUUUGGAUAUAGCGCUCAGAGACAGCAGAGUUGAUCAAUGUUAGCUGGUUAUUGUUAUUAAUAUAUUGACUCCAGAUUAUCCACACACUGAGUUAUUGAAAUUUAGUUUUUUUGCUUACAAUAAAGUAUCACUGACAAUGCUAUUUUAUUUUUUGUCCUGGUUGUUUUGAAAACAGUAAGUCCAAUAGUUGAACUGUAUGAUUGUGUAUGUGAUAUUUACCUGUUUACUGCCACCAAAACUAUGGAAAUUGACAAGCUGUUACGAAAGAGAAAUAAACGUUUCUCCAAAGAAAAAAGCAAUAAAAGCAGCAUAGAAUGA